CGGGCGGUGACGUCACGCGCGUGACGCUCGCUCCAAAAUGGCGGCGGAGGCGUCUCGAUGCUGAGGGAGGCUCGUGAGCUUUGGCCGAGACGACGACUACAACAACAACAACAACAAACAAACAGCUAAAUAAACAACAACAAACAGAGCAGAAACUGGCGACGAGCAUUGCAAAGCGGCGCGCUAAGGUAGUCGCGUCAGCGCAAAGCAGCGCGCUGUAAACGAGCGGUAGCCCUCCGCUGUUCAAGGCAAUGCUGGCGGGUUGAAGCGGCGCUGAAAAGAUUUUAGAUUUUGUUUCCCAAGGCGGUGUUUGUUGUUGUGUGUGUGAUUUACAACCGCUGCAACAACAACAACAGCAGCACUGCUAGCGGCGUCGGCAGACAGGGCGAGGAGGGGUUAAAACGGCGGAGGCGCCGUCAUGGAGGGGAUGUCGUUGAGCGAGAGCGAGCAGAGCUACUACGCCGAACUCUUCGGCUACUGCGACGUGGACAACACGAAGAAGGUGGCCGCGUGGAGCCGCGUGAGCGAACUCUUCAGGGCCUCGCAGCUGCCGCCUGACGCCCUCCUGCAGAUCACAGAGAUGUGUGGUGCGAAACGACUCGGCUAUUUUGGCCGCAGCCAAUUCUACAUUGCGCUCAAGCUCAUAGCCGUGGCCCAGGCUGGGCUGCCGAUGCGUCUGGAGAGCCUCAGUACAGUGCGUGACCUCCCCCGCUUCGUGGUGGGCAAGAGCGAGCAGUCCGAGUCGUCCCGUCACGUGACGCCGUCGCACCACGCUCCAGAGCAACACGAGGGCGGCCCCGUGACCCCGGGUGGCAGCAGCUACUCGCGGGUCAUCCCACCGCCGCCGGCACGCGCCCACCUCAAGAAGCUGGCGCCGUCACAGCCGCAGGACCCACCGGGUACCGGCACGCCGGCCAGGAUGCCCUCUUUGGACCAGCAGUCCGUGUCCAAGUCUCCUCCGCAAGAGACGCCGUCGCCCGUGGUGUCCCCGCACCACUCCCCGCCGGCAUCGCCCGUGGCGUGGCGCUCCGGCCAGCGGCACCCGAGCGGCGACAGAGGCCCUGCCUGGGCCCCGUACGUGGCCGAAAGACAACCAGGAGCGGAGGGUGCCUCUUGGCCGGUAGGCUCCACGCCCCCGCAGCAGGAGAACUGGGUCAGCUUUACUGACAGCGCUACGACGAUGCCGGAAGGGGGGGCGGCCGUGUCAGCCACUCCCACCGCCCCCACGCACUUUGUGGCCUCGCAGGAUCACACUGCGACCGGGUCGGUAUCGCGCGCGUCGGCGGCCGGCGGUGGCGGAGGAGGAGGCGGUGGAGGCAGCGGUGGUGGCAGCAGUGGCGGCAGCGGCAAGGAGCUGCAGCGCAGCGCCAGCUACAGCGAGGACCCGUGGCGAAUCACAGAGGAACAACGCGACUACUACAUCAACCAAUUCAAGACGAUCCAGCCCGAUCUUGGCGGGCUCAUUCCCGGCUCUGGUGCCAAAGAGUUCUUCACUAAAUCCAAACUGCCUAUAGUGGAGCUCUCUCACAUAUGGGAGCUGUCGGACUUCGACCAGGACGGGGCGCUGACGCUGGACGAGUUCUGCGCUGCCUUCCACCUCGUCGUGGCUCGCAAGAACGGAUACGAACUGCCCGAGAAGCUCCCCGAGAGCCUCGUGCCCAAGCUCAUUGACAUCGACGAUGCCACUCACGUGCCAAACCCCAUUGCCGAGGCGUCGUUCACGAGCUCCCCCGUCGAGGCAGCGACGAGCAAAUCGCCGUCACUCAACCAGGCAUGGAGCGACCUCCACCAGAACAGCGAGCAGUGGGAAACGUUCAGUGAUCGCUCUUCAAGCUGCCAGACUCUCACUCAGUUUGACUCUAACAUCGCGCCGGCCGAUCCUGAGACGGCAAUCGUCCACCCGGUGGCCAUCCGCAUGACGCCCAGCAAAAUCCACAUGCAGGAGAUGCACAUCAACAGGGCCACGCCAGCAGAGAUGGGCACGCCGGUGAGCCAGCCACACCCCACGCCGUCGAGAGCCACGGAGCAGCCAUCCGCCACUAAAUUUUCCGUGGCAAAAAGCGUCGAUGGUUUCCAUAGCUCCGAGUCGUCCGUUUCGUCAGAUGCGGAAGCUUACGGCGCCGGCUUCUCAAGGCCAAGGUCGUUCUCGGGCACCUCCGUGGACGAUUCGCUAAAGAAGCAGGUGGCGCCACCCCCACCACCCCCACCGAGGCCCAACCAGAGCCACUCGCGCUCCUCCUCCCUCGACCUCAACAAAGUGUUCCAGCCGCCCGCACAGGGCCAGCAGACCUCCGGCCAGCAGCCUGCGCCACCUCCUGCAGUGCCACCCCGGCCACAUCCUCAGGCGCUGCAGACAUCCCGCUCCAUCGACGGCGCCGACAUGGUUCCCGGCGCGUCCGGAGUGCCGCUGCUGUCGCCGCCCAUCUCCGAGCAGCCCAACUUUGCCGACUUCACGCACUUCGGAGCGCUGCACGCGGUGCCCGAGGUUGACCGAGCCACGGGGGACACGCCGGACCCGCAGGCGCCCGCGCCGGUCGAAAAGGCGCCAGUGAAAACAGAAAGCCGCGUCGAGGAAAAGACCGUGACGAACAACAAGAUACAGCAGAGGUCGACGUCGCCAGCGCAGCCGGCACCCAAGAAGCCAUCGCGGCGGCAGCUCAAGUCGGACGAGGAGACCGUCGCCGCCCCCCCGCCGCCACCGCCGCCGCCGCCGCCGCAAGAAGAACCCCUGCGCAAGCCGGGAGGCAUCGCCGCCCUCGGCGCCACCCAGCCCUCGCUGCAGAGGUCGGUGGGAAACGAGAAAAAAGUGAUCCAAGCGUCGAUCCGCAAAAACAAGGAGACCAACACCGUCUUGGCUCGGCUCAACAGCGAGCUGCAGCAACAACUCAAGGAUCUGCUCGAAGAAAGGAUUGCACUCGAAGCGCAGCUGGAGCAACUCCGUCCAUUCUCGCACACGUAGCUACAUCGGUCGCGCCCCAGACGGUGGGGGAAGUGGGUGGGGGGGGCAAAGGAGGAGCCGGGAGGGGCUGGCGGGGAGGGGGGGGGACACGCACUUAAAGAACUUUAAAGAAUGCUCAUUCGCUGAGCGCGUCAUCUGGUUCAUUGAAUGCCCCUACAAAGAAGAAGAAAGGACUUGUUUAACAAACAAAAAACACUUGCUACCUUAAGAUGAGAAUGUCUUGAAGAUAACUGUGGCUAAGCGAAGGAAGUUGCUUUUUCUCUGCAAAGUGUUUUUGUUUUCCGGGAUGACACAUUGGGCAGCAAAGAAAGCCCAUGAAGAUGUUUUUUUUCCACGCCAAAGUUUUGCCAAAACGUCACUUUGUUCAGCGGCACGUUAGCAUGCCACUAGCCAAUUGCCAUGAGACUAUCAGUCGUAAAAAAAAAAAACUCACCAGAGCACACGCAGGCGCUGAUUUGGCCAAAAAGACUGCCGCAAGCGGUUACCGAGACUUUGUUGGCGCAGGCGAUUUGUCGAGGUUGUGGCACGCGAGGAAUUAUUUUGUACAUUAUCUAAGUUGCUGAAGAGAGGUUAAUGAAAUCUGCGAUGUGAUGGAGUUUUAUCGCAGUUCCUGUCCCUUGGGCUUUGGCUGAGCCGACUCGAUACUGGCUUCUCUAACCUGUGCCUUGACUGCCGCCGUCUACAAAACAGCACUGCUGCUACUGCUGUUGUUGCUGCUGCUGCUGCUGGUCAAACAGUCAUCGGAACCUAGCCCAAGCCAGUCGACCCCAGCCUGGUCAAGUCCAGCCCAGCUUUAAGUCAAGCCUGGAUGCACAACCCCCUUUGCCCUACCUUGCCCGGUCCUGCCUUGCCCUUUUCCUGCCCUGCCCAUGACAGGUCAAGGAAUUGUCUCGAGUCUUUGCCGACUAACCACAACAACCAUUUUAGCACCGACUUGUUGACACAACGAGGAUUGGGAGCGGUUGGAUUUUAAAAACAAAAACUGUUUUUCUUCAGAACGUUUUUUUUUCUUCUUUAUUGAAUAAGAGCGAAGACAGGAAUGGCCUCUUUUUGAAUAUAAAUGUUACAGUGCUUAUGCAAGUGCCUAUUAGUGCUUCUGAUUGUAGGCAACGGGUAUUUGCGAAAGUUUUGAACAAACGGUGCGUGUUGCGAAACCGCAAAGAGGGCACGCGUGCGUGCGUGAAUUCUGCCACCGACAGCAGCUGCUGGCGCGACGAUAGAUUUCUUUUUCUGGGUGAAAAGCGGGACUCGAGGAUUCCACCGCACGCUUGCAAACGGCAAAGACAGCAGGAAGACGCCACGCAUACUCGGUGGGGGCACGUCAAAGGGGUCCCAGCAGCGGAAGAAGAAACCCCUAAGAAUACCGUGGUUCAUCCGAGCAUUUGCUGAGAGCUUUUGGGGGCGGGGGGGGGGGGAAAUUGCAAUCGUUUGCAGCAGCAGGCCCAGGCCUUCGUAGAGUCAAGGGUGGGCACCAACGCACGGCAGCGGCAUCAUCGGUUCCCCCAUCCCCCACACGCUGGCCUCUGUCGAGACAAAGCUCAGGGCCAUGGCAACUGAAAAGUAAUUCAAUUGUGAGCAUCACAUCCAACUGGAAAAACGUUUAAUUACGAUUGGUGCUUUUCAUUUUACUAUUAAAAGUGACGACAGACCGGGGUUGGGUUUUUUUUUCUUCUCUCUCUCUCCUGUGAUCUGGAGGAAACAUUAGGGGUGCCCUCGGAACUCUCUCUCUGCGUCAACGCACCCGAUCGCUCGCCGAGCACAGCAGCCGCCCUCGUGCGACGUGAAGUUAUCUUGAAUGAACACAAAGAAAACCAAACGGGAUGAGAAAACCACACGGAUCAUGCGUUUCACUCUGUAAAUGAGCUCCCAAGUGUAUGGCCCUUGCAUCGUUUUAUUAUUAUUACGAGCCUGUUUUAUCACACGCUGCCGGUGGAUUGACGCGUCUUUGCUGACCGCCGGUUAAAUACGAGAGGUGCGGGGGGCCAUCCAGAAGAACUGCCCCCCGCCUGUUUGGCCAAUACGGCAACUUGUUUACCAUAACGCUCGACUUUCGGUUUGUUGUUGAGACUGCGACGUUUUACCCUACACCCCGAAACCCGCCACCCCAAAACCCUCCUUCCACGUCUUAUUCUAACGUAACCGUUGCAAUUUUUUUAAAUUUCAAGGCAUUUUUUCCUUUCUUCUCUCGAACGCGCUAACCGAUUUGCCGCGUCGAAGUCUUUUUUUGAACGUCGUGUGAGAAAAAGAAAAAAAAAAUCACCGGGCAAAGCACAUCCGACCGCCUUGGCGCGAACAAAAGGAGCGGGCAAAAAAUACUCGCCGGGCUGAAGCAGUUCUGACUCUCACCAGAUUAGACUGUGGCCAAUUCGGAGCCGCGGGGUCCGUUGGAAUUCAUGUUUGGAAACCCUUAUAAGCUAUAGGUUACAGCUCUUGGUACAUUUGUUGAAGUGUGUGGGGCGUUGUUGUCGUUAAGCGCGGGCAAGGCAAGGCUGAAACAUUUUGGUGACGAUUAUUUUGCGAAAAUUACCUUGCAGAGGUGUAGGUACUUGAUACGUUUUUUAAUCUAAUAAACAGUUAAAAAAGCAAAAAAAAAUGCAAUUGAAACCUAUAUAAAGUAUACAAAAGUAAAACUAUUGGGUAGCCCGACUGACCGUAAAGGAAUACGGCCAUGAGCACGCAUUGCAUUUCGUGUAGUGGGACUUUGAUCUGGUUGGGAGUAACGUCAUGAAGGUCCACAUAUUGAGAUUGCAAGACCCCUGUAAUGAACGCAAUCCAACAACGCUCGUGUUGAGCCAAGGGGUGUCCAACACCCUCCCGCCGUCCCCGUUUCUCCGCGUGCACCAUCAUUCUCCCACACGUACAUCGACCACCAACAACAACAAUUCUUCGUGCGUGGCUUUAAUUGGGAAUGGUGGAGAGAACCCUUCCUGGCGGACGAGAGAAAAGGCACGGUGGUGGUGGUGGUGGGGAGGAAGGGGUGAGAGCUUGGUUCGUGAACUUCACCCACUGAGGAUCUGAAACGCAAGUGGGGACGCCUUUGCGUCGGGUUUCGCGAGCGACGACGAUUUCACCCACAAACUCUUGCAAAAGCAGCGAGCGGAAUCGCGCUAAUUGUUGGCCCGGGGUGUGCACGCGGGUUUCACGACGCGGUCCCAACCGCAGAUGGCAAUCGGGCAGUCGGCGCUUUGCGAGACUGGAGGGCACCCAAACUCACCGCCCCCCCCCCCACCCUGUUGCUGGGUCGGCUCUCGUACUUCGCCUUAGAGGCCAUCCAUUGAGUACGUACGCAUGGAGGGGCGAGGGGGGUUAACUCAAACUGCGUUCGCUUGCGUAUGGGGGGUCUACUGACAAUGUACGUACAGGAAACGGGGCGGGGGGGUGAAGCCUCGAUAAUAAUUUGUCUACAUUGGCCUUCAAAUUAGUUAGAUAGUCCGGCGGUGGACUGUCUGUUUGCUUAAACACGUUAAUAUUAUUAGUUCUUGAUCGUUUCUGCGGGGAUUAAAUAUCGGCCGUUCUGUAGGAUUUGGGGGGUGCGUCAGGCGUAUGUACGCACGCAGGUGGGGGGGGGGGGGGUGUAAAAAGUCCGCGUGCGUACAGGGAGGGGGGUAGGGGUCAAGUUUUGACAGAUUUUUGCGUACCUACUAAAUGGAUGGCCGCUUAAUGGGCGUAAUCACGGCUCUUCCGAAUAAGCCGGAGGAGGCGAGGGGUAGAGGAGACCGUCAGAGUACGAAUGCUUUGGUUAAAACGAACGCUGGGAAAACAGGAAAGGUACUUUGGCGAAACAAAUAAAUGAACAUGUUUACUGUUCCGGGACUCAACACCAAGGGGCAAUCGUGUUAGUAUUCCGUGUUCCCGCAGAGUCGUGUUUAUAUAACGUCGGGUUAAGUACUGUACGUGAUUCACAACAGAAGAGACAACAAAAAGCGUUGGCGUCUAAUUUCUUGAAUUUCGAAACCACGCCAACCACAGAUCGGAACGUACAACGGGGGCGCUUUAACGCGCGUUGUAAUGACUGAACUCGUCUGCCUGCAGUCCCAUCUGUCCACAAAUGCCAGUGAGGAAUUGCUGUCGUUGUUGAGUCGAUUUGGGGGAUGGUGGUGGGGGGGUGGAAAUUGUUGGUUGGUUUGGUUAGUUUACACGAAGGCUCCGUAGCAGCAACAGCAGCAAGAACCGCUGGCAAGGGGGUUGGGGAAGGAGAAGGCCCCGGCUAAAAGUGCGUGGAGUUGCGAUUAGCCGAAUGCUUCUGGCAAGAGAGAACCCACGUGGCUUCUCUUUAGACGACCGUGACCCGGCUCUCAACUUGUGUGCAAAUCAAGGCGGUGGUUGGGUUUGACUCGGCACGGGAAAUGGAGAUUACGGUCUGCCCUAUGAGCCACUGUAGUUCUAUUCAUAUGUUUUUUUCGGUAAAGUCACGUAGGUAAAAUUUUUUUUUUUUAUUAAUAAAAAUAAAAUAAAAAUCACGACGUUUCGGAGGCAACACAAGCUUCCAUCUUCAGGUAGUUCUGUCCCCGACAACACCACGUGGAGAAACAUGGAGAGGUUUCGAUUUAAAGCUUUCGUGACUGCAGGGAUUCAUCUUCUUGGUUCUUUCGUCACUUUACCAAAAGAACCAAGAAGAUGGAGGGGUUUGUUUGUUGUUGAUCAUUUUAAGCUUUCACUUCAGAAGCGCACCGAAUUUGAUGUGUCAAUACAUUUUUUUGUUAUCAACUUGGGUACAUUUUCAUGGAGAAGUUUAAGUCUAAAUCUCUGUACUUGUAAGCAACAAAUGACGACAGCUUUGGUUAAAAAUGCCGACAGCAAUUUGAAUACAGUACCAAGUCUUUGUGAUCAUUUUAGUUGAAGUGACAAUUUACGACACAUUCACGGUAUACAGUUCUACAAUUUGUAUUGGCCCGAUGCAAAGCUGAAUCUUUUGUUUAAAUCUACAACACGCAUUUCUUUAGCCGAAUAGCUGCCGUUAUCCCAAUUGAAACUGAAUCGGAAAUUGUGGAUUGUGAAGCUGUUUGAGGUGGCUGGGUGGGGGGAAUUGGGGGUGGUAGGUUGCUUCUAAAAGUUUCGAAACGUAAGCCCACCUUUUGUAUCAUAACACCGUCUGUGCGACAACAAAAAUCUCCACUUGCGUUGCGUUGCGCCUAACAGGGGAAGAUCAACAACGGCUGGACCUUGUGAGCCUCGCCGUCUUAGCCGACCACUGUUAUACUUGCGCGAUGCGAGCUGACACGUUUACGAGAGGAGUGUAAAAACAUCUGUUAGCGUAAUGAUGUAGCGGCACCACGUGCUCUCUCGCAGAGGUCUGAAGUUUUGCCUCUUCCCCUGAUUGUAUAAUCUGUGCGCGUCGUUCGGCCAUUCGUGGUGGAAGCAAGCAAGCCUUCAUUUCCCCAAAACUCGCUCAGCAAUGUACACGGCGACUCCCAAAGAGUUUGAAGGCUGUCAACAAAACGCCAAAUGGUGAGAUGGUGGCAGGGAGCGAUAAUCAUCGCAUGGCCACCGGGGACGGGUUGAAUUUGGAGACGUGGUGACAGCGAUUCACGUUACAGAGUUCCACCAGGUUUCCGUAUUCUCCAGAUGAUAAGACGCUGCGGAGAGCAAAACGCGCCCUCAAACGAGUGCCCGGUGUCAAUACAGUUAAGCAAUUCUGGUCACACAAAUACUCGUCACUAACGCACUCUAAUAUAUAUACUAGGACACACACACACACGUACAUUCACACGCACACCAACCAGAAGCACUCACAAAUGUUACUUUAAAAUACAAGGGGUGGGAAGUGCGUCUUAUAAUCUGGAGAAUGUGGUCGAAUGCAAAUUAUCAUCAUCAUCUGCAAGGCCUAUCCAUGGAAAUGUGGCCACUUGUUGAAACGACUGUGAGUCUAAAGUGAACUGUUUGGAGACGAGUGGGUGGGUGCGUACCGGACCAUCGGUUUAAAACAAAGAAAAUCUAUUCUCAACAACCUAAACGGCAUUCCGUGUAUUCGGAGCUACAAUUUAAGUUGCCCGCACGCAAAGUGUUGCUAUAUCACUAACCCCGCGAAUCAGCCGGUCACCUGGUGGGCUAUGUCACCUGUGAGAGGCUGACCCAGAGUAACGGUCAACAGGGUCCCUGUUCGUAAGCCACUGAUGUUAAGCCCUCGUAUGUGAGCACGUUUCAUGAUCACUGGUUUUCCUUUGAACGUUUGAAGGUAUUGUUUUUGUUUUCUCCCCCCCCUCUCCUCCCCGUAAAUUUGUGAAUAAGUCAUGUUACGCAGUAUAUAAUUUUCCGGUUUCCGUGAUAAACGGUACAUUAAAAUAUAAUGCAUAUUGAUGUUAAACGUUCCUAAGGAUAUGCUUUGAAAAAGAACACAAUUCAAGUUUUAAAUUAAUGCAUUCUUCCGUGGAUUUUUCAAGCUAAAAUGUCUUUGUUGGUUCGGGUCAGACAAAAACCAACACUUUUAUUGGGCAGUUCUUAAUUUUAAAUGUUUUAAAGGAACACAGUACAGUAUUCUGAAGAUCCCCCUACACACCACCUCUCUUACAUGAUGUAUUUUUUUUGUCUUAACAGCACUGGACCCCAACAAAGAGUCAACAAAACUGAACGUGUAAAAAAAAAAACCUGAACAUUUUAAAUGCCUUUUUUGUAGCCACUUCUCUCAUAUUUAUUUGGUGUUUUGGUUUGAGCGACCUUCCGUGGUGUGUAUUCUGUUUAUCUUGCAGCAUAUAAAUAUAUGUACUGGAGGGAAUUACCUUUUGUUUAAAUGUUUUUUUUGCAAAAAUGUAAUAAACAAUGAAAUAACGUAAA